UUUAUUUAUUUCUACUCUCUAAACUGAAGGAGCCUACACAAAAUUUUCCAUACAUUGGAAAAUCCAGAUCUCUCUUCUUCAUUUCCUUUCUUAAUCAGCUUCGCUAUCUUCUGUGAACGAAUCAAUCUGCGCCAUCGGGGAAACGCUCUUACGCCGCCGGAUUCCGCCUUAUCCUGAAUUCGCCGGCGGAUAGAUUGGCGAUCCGCUCGAAAUGAGUAGCGGCGACCUCCUCCAAAUCGAACCCCUUGAACUUCAAUUCCCAUUCGAAUUGAAGAAGCAGAUCUCAUGUUCGAUGCAAUUGACGAACAAAUCCGAUAAUUAUGUCGCGUUUAAGGUGAAGACUACAAAUCCAAAGAAGUACUGCGUGAGGCCAAACACUGGAGUGGUGGUUCCUCACUCUGCUUGUGAUGUCACAGUUACAAUGCAAGCCCAAAAGGAGGCUCCACCGGACAUGCAAUGCAGGGAUAAAUUUCUCCUCCAGAGCGUGGUUGUGAAACCCGGAUCCACUGCCAAGGAUAUUACUGCUGAAAUGUUUAACAAAGAGUCAGGGAACCAUGUUGAAGAAUGCAAGUUGAAAGUUUCCUAUGUUCCGCCUCCGCAACCACCUUCACCAGUGCGAGAGGGGUCAGAGGAAGGCUCCUCCCCAAGGGCCUCUGUAUCAGACAACGGAACUGUGAACCAGACUUCUGAAUUUAAUGUUAUGUCAAAGGGGUUUGAGCGACAGGAGAGCACAUCUGAGGUUAAGGCCCUGAUUUCUAGGCUGAAUGAGGAGAAACAUUCUGCUAUCCAGCAAAAUAACAAGCUUCAGCAAGAACUGGAGCUAUUGAAGCGUCAAAGUAACAGAAGCCGUGGUGGCAUCCCGUUCAUGUAUGUCAUUAUUGUUGGCUUUAUAGGCAUCCUACUGGGUUAUCUCUUGAAGAGAACAUGACCAGUGGAACUUGGUCUGGCUCGUGUUUUGAAAUCUCCGUCGGCGCUUGUUAAAAAGAAUUAGGACUUUUGAAGAAAAUUUGUGACUGGAAAGAGCUCUGUAUUCGACUUAGCUGCUUGUUUGACUGUAGAAAAUACGCCUAAAUGGGUUUGGUGGUUUUGUAAUUGCUUGGAAAUGCAUUCAUUGUGUGACUAAUUUCUUAACUUCCUUUUAACUAUGUAACUUAAGGAAAUCCAUAUUUUUACGAAAUCAUGUCAUUUUUUGUUCUCCCCCUA